AUGGGUAUGCCAUAUUCAAAACAAGUCCACGCGGCAUUCGAUCAAGUCACGCCCCUCGUGGCCGCUGGCUUCGAAGUCCUCCGCACGACCAAAAACAUUGCAGUCUUUCUGGCCUUCCUCCAAGCAUUCGUGGCCCUCAUAUUAACUCUCACGCUGUUCGCGAUCCUUGCGGUGAUAUACUCUGUCAAUCCAGAUCUGGAAGACGAACGGCGUGCGCUGGUCACGCCGUGUAUGCAGUGGAUAGCGAGUUGGGUGUUGGAGUAUGGAGCUUUGACGGCGUGGGUUUUAAAGGUCCUCGUAGUUCUAGUUACUGCUGGCCUAGGGGUCUUUCUCUGGUCAGGGUCUGCUGCGGAUGUUGUUCCGGAGGUUGAAGGCGAGGAAGAUGCUCCCGAGGAUAUUGAGUGA